AUGACGAAGCAGAGUUUCAACUCCCCGCAAGAACAAGGCGACGAGAAAGGAGAGUAUGGAGGUGGUGGAAAAUUGGAGCAAGGGUCGGGUGGCUUGUGGUUGACUGCAAGCUGCAAGGAUUCGCAACGCGGCGUGGCGUGCUUUUCUGGAUGCUAUGAUGAUGGCCCUGGUCGUGGAGAGAGCAAUUGA